CACGGCUGCUUCCAUCUAUCCCUGCACUUCUCUGCGCUCAUCAAUUAGGCACAAAUUAAGCCGUUGUAGAUGCUUUAACUGCCGUCCUUUCGCAACUUUGAAGAGGAUUGGUUUCCGCGGACGGGGAACCCGGACAAGUUUUGUGUUUUGGAGUGCCGGUGGGGGGGGGGGAAGCGGAGAAGAAGCGAAACGCAGUCAUGCCCUCAGUGAUGGAGCGCUCUGGGGCUGGGGUCCUGUCCAGGAGCAGAGCCAAAACCGUCACUAACGGCAGCAGCCAGCCCCACUCUGAGGAGGAGAGCAGCGAUGAAGAGCACGCUCAUGACAGCAUGAUCAGAGUUGGAGGAGACUACCAGGCCCAGAUCCCAGAGUUCAAACCAGACAGUCCAGCCCGCUACAAUGAGAAGGACCAGAGGAGCAUGCUGGUCUGGUGUCCCAACACUCAGCUCUCAGAUAAUAUGUUGGAUGAGUACAUCCUUAUGGCUAAAGAAAGACAUGGAUACAACAUGGAGCAGGCUUUGGGGAUGUUGUUAUGGCACAAACACGACGUGGAGCGCUCGCUGGCUGACCUGGCCAACUUCACGCCGUUCCCAGACGAGUGGACGGUCGAGGACAAAGUUCUGUUUGAGCAGGCCUUCAGCUUCCACGGCAAGAGCUUCCACCGCAUCCAGCAGAUGCUUCCAGACAAGCUGAUCUCCAGCUUAGUGAAGUAUUACUACAGCUGGAAGAAGACCAGAACCAGAACCUCCGUCAUGGAUCGACAGGCCCGGAGGCUCAUCAGCAAGAGAGAGAAAGAUGAUAGCAACGAUGAGGUUGAAGAAGGAGAGCCGGGUGAAGAAAGCGACUUCGAGGUCGACGCAAAAAAAGAGGCCGUAAAGCAGAACAGCAGCAACGCAGAGAAAGCCCCGCCCAGCCGGUCCGGCCCGGUGAAGAAGGAGAGCAUCGGGGCUCAGUACAGACACCACCCACUCAGAGCUCGCCGCAGACCGCCCAAAGGCAUGCACCUGGACCAGACCGACAUCACGGCUCUGUCCACCUCCCAAGAUGCCGGGGUUCUGUCCGUACGUCAGCUGGACACACACCUGGUGUCGCUCAAGAGACAGGUUCAGUCGAUCAAACAGAUCAGCAGCAGCUUGAAACAGAGCCUGACUGAAGGUGUCGACGUUUUCAGACCAGCAGAGCCUGCCCCGAAGAUGAACUCUCGUUGGACCACAGAGGAGCAGCUGCUGGCCGUGCAGGCCAUCCGUCGCUACGGUAAAGACUUCACAGCAAUCGCCGAGGUGAUCGGCACCAAGACGCCUCCUCAGGUGAGCUCGUUCUUCGUCAGCUACCGGCGACGCUUCAACCUGGACGAGGUGCUGAGGGAGUGGGCCGCCGAGCAGGUGGCCACCAGCCGGGACCAGAAAGACGCCCGCCGGAGCAGCGAGGAGCUGGCGGCCGACGGAGGAGGCGGCGAGGAGGAGGAGGUGAAGAUGGAGGACUCCCCUCCAGACCCCUGCAGCUCCUCCUCUCCUCCCUCCGUCACCCCUUCCUCUCUCUCCCAGCCCCCUCCUCUGCUGCGCCCGGCCCCGCCCUCCGCCCCCCCGAGCCUCCUCCGCCAGCCGCCGCCUCUCCAGACGCGGCCGCUCCAGAACCGAGCACCGCACAAUCACCCACCUCCUCCGCUCAUCCGACCCGCCGUCACCUCCUCCUCUUCCUCCUCCAGCCUCAGGGGUUCUCCACCCAGCUCAUCAUCCGCUGGAUGCCAGAUGCCUCCGUCGCUGGUCGGCCUCAAAGUGGAGCAGCCCAACUCGCACUGAUACUAGCUUCUUCGUCACAUGAUGGCGCUCAGGUGAACAGCUACCUCCAAACCGCGGCUACACCAACCGACAGGUAGAAUCACAAAACUCACCAAACCGUAAGAGAAACACGAACAUCUGGAAAACAGGAGGAGUCUCCCACAUCUGAGCCAAAUCUGCAUUUUAAGACGGGUCAUGUGAAGAAAUCGCUUUUAUUUCUGAGCUUUACUUUAAAUUUUUAGACCCUUAGAGCUGCAGUGUGUAACUCUUAUUAAAAAAAUAUUUUUUACAUAUUUAUUGAAACUGUCACCAUGUUGUGACAGUUUGAGAGGCAGAUAAUCUGUGAAAAGAUCGAUCUCCUCCCGGUGCUACUAUUGCUGUCUGAAAUGCAACGCUCCCAAGCAAAAAUAACCAAUCAGAGUCAGGAGGCGGGUCUUAGCGCUGUUAGUCAACGUGAUGAACUCACUGCUAAACGUUCUAAUCACAGAAAAAAACAGGAAAACCAUUUAUGUGCCGACAUUGGUGGCUAUGUUAACUUGCCUUAGCUUUCAUGACAGGCUAUGCUAGCUGCUGCGUAGCAGAGAGCAAGGGGAGAAAGUGAGGAUAGGAUAAGUAGUGCCAAACAUAAGGUGAUUGACAGCGCUAAGACCCGCCUCCUGGCUCUGAUUGGUUGUUUCUAGUUAGCACUGGGAGAAGAUUAAGGUUUUUGGGAGGCUUUUUUUCCCCACAGAUGAUCUGUCCUACUAUAUUGAUAUGACAUAAUGGCAGUUUCAACAAAUAUGUAAAAGUAUAUUCUGUAAAAGUUACAUAUUGCAGCUUUAAAGAUGAGGAAAAACGGUACAAAAGCGUAGAGAAGCCGAGUCUGUUGUUGUGGAUUUAGGUAGUUGAAUCUGUUGCUUCCAGUUUAAGUUAAAAAGAAAUGAAGAAGAGCUGCAGCUCUUCAGUAUAACUGGAGCCAUAUUUAAGGUUGAGUCCUAGAUAGACUGUUAGUGACUGUAAGUAGCGUAGAUCGUGCAUACUGAUGACGACUGAGCACAAAGGAGGCAAUGAGACGACGAGAACUUUAAUUUACUUACCUCUGGCACCUCAGAGUACCAAUUAAUCCAAUAAAGUCACAUUUUCCAUCAA